AUGCGUCCAGCCCUGAUCUUUGGAAUACUCCACAGUAUCUUUUCGCAGACUUAUUCGCAGUAUAGGGGACGGUGUGACGGAAGUCAGCUCGCAAAGACACCACCUCAGCGUUCUUAUACAGCAGUCACGCUCAAACCCCAGAAAUCUGGUUGGAUCAUGUAUCGCAACGACACAAAAAGCCUCGGCAUCAUCAACAUCGCAACCAUUACGUUCGAGUCAUCACAGCUCAGGAACACCAUUGACCAGCCGAGGAAUGAUCUUUCACACCGCUGUAGGACGUGGAUGUGGAUGUUGACAUCGCGCGACCUUGUGCAAUACUGGAGCACGCUGAAGUGGAGUAAAAUGAGGUCCGGCUCUCCGACCCAGCUACGUAGUGCUAUGGUUGGUCGUAGUAACUGCCAGAGAGAGGGGUCUCGCAACCACAAAGAAGACAGACGAUGUCUGGUAGGACUCCUCGAGAGUCAAGUGGCAAUUGAGACAGUGGAGAGUCAGACCCUGAUUCUGGUAGUCACUCUUGUAUCGGACUGGGUAGAUAGGCUUCUCAAGAGUACAGAGUGGCGAGCAAUUGUAGUCAGAAGGCACCAUGACGGGAGGCAGUAA